AAGACAAAUGAGAAGAGGGAGGAAAGAGGAAACAUGAAGGCAUCACUGCAACUGUAAUCUGAGCGAUUGUUAAAAUUCUGAGAUUUAGAUAAAGAGACAAGAAGUGGAGAGUUUGGAGAUGUCACCAGCCUGCAGACCAGGUGUUAAUGAGGCCUUGCUGUGCAUCGUCCUUUUAUCAGGGUUCUGUUCAUGCCUUCAUCAAUACCAAUUCAUUGAUGAACUGAAGACUUGGGGUGAAGCCCAACAGCACUGCAGAGAAAAGUUCACUGACCUGGCUACUGUGGACAACAUGGAAGACGUGGCUCAACUGAUUGCAGCUGCUGGCAGUGACUACAGUGGAAGAGUAUGGAUUGGUCUGUAUGACAAAUCUAGGAGCUGGGGGUGGUCGAUGAGAGAUGAUGGCUACUAUGGAACCAACAAUGAGCCCUAUAUCAGGUUUAAUGCUGGUGAACCAGAUAAUGGCAGAGAUGAGUUGAAGCUAUGCAUUGCUGUAUAUGGAGGUGAACUGUAUGAUACGUCAUGCUCAAUCCAUCGCCCUUUUGUCUGCUAUGACAAUUCAAACACUUCUUCUCCUCCAAGAUACGUCUAUAAGUCCUGGAGGAACCUGACGUGGGAGGAAGCUCAGAGCUACUGCAGGAAGUUCCACACAGACCUGGCCUCCAUGAGGAAUGAAGAAGAGAAGACACGGGUCCAGCAGGCUGUAACAGGAAAUGUGUUUGCUUUUGUUGGCCUGUACAGAAGAACCUGGCCCUCUUGGUCUGAUGGCACAGAGAAAGAAUUCAAAAACUGGCUGACUGGACGCCCAAGAGGUAAAACUGGAGACUGUGCUACCAGUUUGAUCGGUGCUGCUGAUGCUGGAAAGUGGGUUGAAGAUCAUUGUGACCAAAAACUUCCUUUCAUGUGUCACUAUGAGACAAAGCAGCAGCUUUGGAUCAAGCUGAAGGCUCUGAAAUCCACAAUGGACCUGAAUGACCCUGCUGUGAUGGAGGCCAUCCUGAAACUGCUGGAGAAGAAGAUGAAAGAGAAAGGGAUCAAAGCAGGUUUCAAACUUAGAUGGAUCAAGAAGCCUGACAACACCAUCUUCCAGGAAGAGAAGGAUGAACUGUAAACUGGAUUUACAGGAUAUCUUUCCAUCUGUUUUACUUUGAAGGUUUAUGUUUUAGGUUGACAUGUUAGAGGCAACUAAUAAAUAUCAAACUGUCAUGUGAGACAUUUAUUGUUUAGAAGUAGAGCAGAGUAAAUUGUUCAUUAAACUGUACAAAUAUCUUAUUCAUCCUGUUGCUGUGUUGAUAAAUGAAUCGUAGGACAGAUUUACAGGUGAUUUUAUGCAACAUACAUGUAAAAAUCUACACUUUUAAACUCUGAAAACUUUCUCAUGUGAAAAUGUUGUAAUGAACUGCAGAGACAUCAGUGUCUCCCUGUAAAGCUGGAUUCAUUUAUAUAGAAUGUUGUUGGAUAUUUCAGAGUGAUGUGUGAUUAUUAGGAUUUAAUAUUGCAGCUUUGUAAGAAAAUCUCUGAGGUCAUGAGAGUCGUGAAGGAAAAAUGACUCUUUCCCCUUUCUGAGGUCAUAAUGGCCUUUAGACAGACUUUAGACACUGCAGGAGGUCAGAUAUUGUCUAUUGUGAUGUGACUAAGCAGACUAGUUGUCUCCAUGUUGGUCUGUAAUCUAAACCUGACCUUCUCCCAUCUACAAUCUAAACCCAAAGAUCAGAGAGAAUCCUCAGAACUGAUGCUGGCAUUGCUUGCAUGAACUGCUGCUCUGUUGGUGUCACUUCUCCUGAUAUCAGGAAACUUUACUCACAGCCUAAAUCAUCUGAGUCUCCAGUGUGUCUCUGGAUCUGCCUCCACUUCACUGACCUUCCACAACAAGAACCAAGUGAAUAUUCUUCAUUGUGUGGUUUUUAAAUAUCUACAGAUCUGUAGCUGACUUGUAUCUGUUCUUUAUGUCAAAACUGUGUUUGCAACUGUUAUCAUCAUAUUGAGUUCUGUUCAUCAUAUUGGAUUUGCUUUCAAUAAAUUUUUCUGACAAGGACAAAAAUUAUCACCAGUUGUAUCCUUAUAAUUUUAAAUGUGGCUUUUCAGUUUCAUCUGAAUCUUUAUUUAAAUAUUCAGUCAUGCAUUAAACCCACAACUCUUUCUAAACCUGCUUCUGAACCAGCUGAGCUGCUACAUGAGCUCUUGCACUAAAGGGAAAUAUUUACAAUCAGAUGUA